ACGCAGCCAAUGAAGUCCCGCGAGAAUUGGAAGGCGGCAGUGAAGCGGAAGCCAUUACUCUCUGGAGUCGGUUGCCCCGAGACACAUGGGCCAAGGAGGGGUCAGCGGCGAAUUCUUUCGGCCUGUUGGGGACCCCUCGCGUCCCCGCGCCAGGCUGGACCUCCCGUAUGAACUCUUCGCAUCGGCGGCGGCUUCCGUCACCUCCGCUCCCCCGAUCCUACUCCCAGUCGUAUGCCAGCUUGGAGAGUCACAUGAGAGCAAGAGAGUAGCUUUCUGGUUGUCCUGGUGCCCUGCUCAGGCAAACUGACUGCCAUUCUCUGAGGAUGGCAGCUCUGUCCCCCACAUUUGCCACGUCCACCCAGGACUCCACCUGUCUCCAGGAGUCAGAAUUUCCUGUUUCUUCAAAAGACCGUUCCUGUCCCCAGAAUUUGGACCUGUUCGCGUGCAGUGGUCUGGAGCCUCACACACCCAGUGUUGGUUCCCAGGAAUCGGUGACUUUCCAAGAUGUCGCUGUGGACUUUACCGAGAAGGAGUGGCCCUUGCUGGAUUCUUCUCAGAGAAAACUGUACAAAGAUGUAAUGCUGGAAAACUAUAGCAACCUCACUUCACUGGGGUAUCAGGUCGGCAAACCCAGCCUCAUCUCACACUUGGAGCAGGAGGAGGAGCCGAGGACAGAGGAGAGGGGCGCUCACCAGGGCGCUUGUGCAGAUUGGGAGACUCCAUCUAAAACCAAGUGGUCACUUCUUAUGGAAGAUAUUUUUGGGAAGGAAACGCCCAGUGGUGUGACGAUGGAAAGAGCCAGUCUUGGAGAGAAGUCCACUCAAUAUGCUCACUUGUUCGAAGUCUUCGGCAUGGACCCUCAUCUCACUCAGCCAAUGGGAAGGCAUGCUGGCAAGAGGCCCUAUCACCGCCGUGACUACGGGGUAGCGUUCAAGGGCAGGCCGCACCUCACUCAGCACGUGAGCAUGUACGAUGGGAGAAAAAUGCACGAAUGUCAUCAGUGCCAAAAAGCCUUCACCACGAGCGCGUCCCUCACACGGCACAGGAGAAUCCACACAGGGGAGAAGCCUUACGAGUGCAGCGACUGCGGGAAAGCCUUCAACGACCCUUCAGCCCUUAGGAGCCACGCAAGAACUCACCUCAAAGAGAAGCCCUAUGACUGCAGUCAGUGUGGAAAUGCAUUCCGGACCCUCUCGGCCCUGAAAAUCCACAUGAGAGUUCACACUGGCGAGAGGCCUUACAAGUGUGAUCAGUGCGGGAAGGCGUACGGCCGGAGCUGCCACCUCAUCGCACACAAGAGAACGCACACCGGAGAGAGGCCCUACGAGUGUCACGACUGUGGGAAAGCUUUCCAGCACCCCUCCCACCUCAAAGAGCACGUGAGGAAUCACACGGGGGAGAAGCCCUACGCGUGCACGCAGUGCGGCAAAGCCUUCCGCUGGAAGUCGAACUUUAAUUUGCACAAGAAGAACCACAUGGUGGAGAAGACCUACGAAUGUAAAGAAUGCGGGAAAUCCUUUGGUGAUCUCGUGUCCCGGAGGAAACACAUGAGGAUUCACAUCGUCAAGAAACCCGUGGAAUGUCGGCAGUGCGGGAAGACCUUCCGAAACCAGUCCAUCCUUAAGACUCACAUGAACUCUCACACUGGAGAGAAACCAUACGGGUGCGAUCUCUGCGGGAAAGCUUUCAGCGCGAGUUCAAACCUCACCGCACACAGGAAGAUACACACGCAAGAGAGACGCUACGAAUGCGCCGCCUGCGGGAAAGUCUUCGGUGACUAUUUAUCCCGGCGGAGGCACAUGAGCAUUCACCUUGUAAAGAAACGAGUUGAGUGUAGGCAGUGUGGCAAGGCCUUCAGGAACCAGUCAACGCUGAAGACGCACAUGCGAAGCCACACGGGGGAGAAACCGUACGAAUGCGAUCACUGUGGGAAGGCCUUCAGCAUAGGCUCCAACCUGAACGUGCACAGGAGGAUCCACACCGGGGAGAAGCCCUACGAAUGCCUUGUCUGCGGGAAAGCCUUCAGCGACCACUCGUCCCUCAGGAGCCACGUGAAAACUCACCGGGGAGAGAAGCUCUUUGUGUCAUCCGUGUGGAAGAGGCUCCAGUGAGCGCGCCUGCUUUAGAGACACAGGAUGAUUCAGACCUGAAAUAGACCUCGUGGGUGUAAGAGGAAGCCUCUGUGAGCUCGCACCUUAACUGCGUGCAAAAGAAUCCACGGAACUUGGGAGAAGUCCAGUUCCUGUAAAAACUGUGGGAAGACGAGGCGUUCUCAUCCCAUAGGAGGUUUGCGAGAACUCAGGCCGGGGGUGAAAAUGUACGUCUGUAGCAUGGAGAAGCCUUCAGGGUACAUUCGGCUGUUAACAAACACAGGAGGACUUAAUGGCAGCUUGGCAUUUAAUGUCAAAAUCCCAGCGUGGCAUUUAAUGUCGAAAUGACUUCAGACCACUUCUAGCCUUCUGGGCCCAUGAGUAAUAAUAAGCACACUAGGGAGCAUCUCUGUAAACGCAGUGGCUGGGGAAACCUUUCUUCCUAGUCUCACUUGAUUCCUCAUGAUGGAAAUCACACUAAAGAGAGAAAUCAGUGAAGUAAGGAACGUGGAAGGUCAUGAAUGGGCCGCAAACCACGGCCAGCUGCUUGUCUUUGUAUGGCUUGCCAGCUAACAAUAGUGGUUCCAUCUUUAAGGAAGAAGAAUGUGUGAUGGAGAAGAUUUGUGGCCAAUGAAGUCUGAAAUACUUCCUGUCAUCUGCCCCUUUCCAGAAAAACUUGGCUGACCCUUGGUCUACAGCACGGGUUCUCAGUCAGGCGACGAUUUGACUGUCCAGGCGUCAUUUGGCAAUGUCUAGAGACAUUUUUGGUAGUUAGAACGGGGGGAAGAUACUCCUGACUUGUAAUAAGAAGACAUCAGGGAUGCUGCUAAGUCCGCUUCAGAACACAGGAGCCCCCCACAAUGAAGAGUUAGUGCCCCCAAACGUCACUGUUGCUGAGGUUGAAAAUAAUCAUGCAGUCAUUCCUCAAUUACUGCCUGCAGCAACUCCUCCAUUUUUAUGAAUCUUGUGAGCACUUACGCUAGGAGAAAUUUCUUUUAUAAAACUUUAAAAAUACAAUUAGUGCUGAUAAUUCCUAUGUGGAAAUGAUUCCAGCCAUGGUCCCCUCACUUGAGCAUGUGAAUAUUCUCACGGAGAGAAGCCCCAGUGAGAUUUUCUGGUGAAUACGGGAUUGCACUUACUCUUUCAUCAUGGAAACAGACCCCUGAGAGAAGCCCCAACGAGAUUUUCCAGUGAAUACGGGACUGCACGUACUCUCUCAUCAUGAAAACAGAGCCCCCGCUCAUACAUUUUUCAUCUUUAUUUUUAAGGUUACACUCCUCUAAAUAACCCUUAAGCCUCAUCAAGAAAGGUUUGUAUAUAGUAUUUUUACUAUAGUUUCAUCCUUGGUAACGUCCUAAUUUCCUUUUGGACAACCUCCUUGACCAAUGGCAUAUUUAGAUCUGUGUGACAUGAGGAUAUUUCUCAAUACCAGUUUAUUACUGGUACCUGAUGCACACGGAUUGCAACCAGAGCAUGAUGCCUCCAUCAAGUGGUAAUAUGUUUGCAGCCUGCUGUCCAGCCAAGAGUGACAGAUACUUCUAGUGACUUCCCCGGUAUCCACUCUCAUCUUCUUCCAAUAUCAAGAGAAUCCAGGUUCUGUCAGAUUAGUAAGGUGUGCUAAUCUAAAUUUUAAAAAAUCUCUUACAGGUUUUCUUGCAGCUAGUACCAUCCAUGUCUCACAGUCCUGGCCACUGACAGAUCAGCAGAUGUCACCACGUGGGCUUCUGAUAAAGCUCUUGAACGGGGAUCGUUCUUAAACAUGAAUUCCUCCCUGUAUGUUUUGUUCUUUGCUUUACCCCCUACUUUUCACCUUGCAAAGAGAUCCAGUACCUAGUACUGGAAGAUCCACCUUAACGACCGUGCAUAUGAAAACCACAGUCUAAGGAAGUGACUGCAGAAAGCUCACAGCGACCCUGGCCUCCCUCUGGCCUCUUUGAGUGUCUGCACCAGCCCUGGACUUCCAGACUUCUAUCACACGAGAAAAAAUAAAACUGAUUAUUGGUUUAAGCUGC